UUAACUCUCUUGGCCGACAGAACAGUGCAGAUGACAGCUGUCUGUCUUUUAACAGCAAACAGUUGAUCCCACAGUAUCACAGCCUGCCGUGGCCCCGCCGAAAUCACGGCAACGCUAACAGUAACCGCGGCAACAGUGGUGGGACCACGGUCAGGCAAACUGGUGCAGAUGUUUUAAGACUGAGUUCCAGGUUAAACACCAGUGGGAUCAAGAGGAACGUGGGUGCCAAACCUCAACCCUCCAACAGCACAGACAGGGAGAAAGGAGUGGGAGGGGUGGUAGAGAAAGGUGGAAGAGGAUGCCUGAUGGAGAGCAUGUGUGAAAGCGGUGUGUCUGCAGAGAUGCUGCCUCCCUCAGCCAGCAAGCAGACUGGAGACCCCGAUUUGGUUUCCCCUACGACUCGCAGCAGGCAUGGCCACUUGUCUCCUCUGCGAGGAGAUGAGCAUCGUGAUUGGCUGCGCUCUCACACAGUAGGUGGAGUCCAAGAAUCAGGUGCCUCCUCUCCCUUCUCCCCCUGCUCAUCUCUCACUUCCCCCUCAGGAACACGUUUCGCCCUCAGCUCACAGCUUGGCAGUCCUACAGCAGCCAAUCAGAUGAGCCUGUCAGCCUUGCGUUCAGGGGGUGUGCCUGCUGGACAGUCCAAUCAGGAGGCAGGAAAUUGUGAUGGAUUUAAGACUUCUAAUAUGUCACUGGAUGAAAAGAGUCGCACUGUCUCUACAUCUGGCUCCAUCAAAGAUGGAGUGGAGGAAGUGAACGGUUCCAGUCUAUCCUUGGUCUCCAGUACCUCCUCUGUCUACUCCACGUCUGAGGAGAAGUCUCAGUCAGAGAUUCGUAAACUGCGCAGGGAGCUGGAGGCCUCGCAGGAGAAAGUGUCUGCACUGACCAACCAGCUCAAUGCUAACGCCCAUCUAGUGGCCGCAUUUGAACAGAGUCUGAGCAACAUGACAGUCAGACUGCAGAACCUCACCAGUAAUGCUGAACAAAAGGACAGUGAGCUGAACGAGCUGAGGCGGACUAUCGAACAGCUGAAAAAACAGAACAAUGAGGCUCAGGCUGCCAUCAACACUGUAAUGAAUACUACUGAACCGAGCACACCUGGAGAGUGUGUGGUCUCAGAGCAGGGUAGUCCGUUGGGUGGUCCAUCAGAGCGGUCCGAGGCCUCUAUAGUCAGACAGCCAUCGACAGAGAGCGUAACGAGCUUGACCAACAGUCACACUAGCCUUUCCAGUCUGGGCAGCAGCAACAAUGACCUCCAAAACCACACCAUCAACAGCAAGAAGAAGAAAAAGAACUGGUUGCGAAGCUCCUUUAAGGAAGCAUUUGGAAAGAGGAGGUCUUCAAAAUCAGCCUCAUCUCAUUCUGACAUGGAUGACUCUUCUCAGCCUUCCUCCCCCAAUCUGUCAUCAAACCACAAAAACCAUCAGACCGGUGCCGGACUGAAGAGCUCCCAUUCCAGCUCUCUGAUUUCCGAGUGUGCGCCUGUCGCGGAGGCAGGGGCAGUGAUGCAGCUUCGCAGUGAGCUGAGAGACAAAGAGAUGAAACUGACCGACAUUCGGCUGGAGGCUCUCAGUUCAGCCCAUCAGCUGGACACACUGCGGGAGGCGAUGACACGCAUGCAGAAUGAGAUGGAGACGCUAAGGCGGGAAAACAUGAGACUGAAGACAGAGACACAGAACCACCAUAACCACAACCAACCCCAAAGCCACCAGGACCAAAUCCAUACCCACAACCAGUACCCUACUCACUCUAACCAUGAACAACAUCUCAUUCAUAAUAACCACAACUCAAAACCAUGGCAGAACCAAAGUCAACAAGAGAACCAUAACCAACAGCCGCCUCAAGCCAAAUCCCAGCAGAAUAGCUGUCAUAUCAGGGAAGGAGCAGGAAGAGGUUACCCUCCCACCUUGGGCCGGACACAGAGCAACAGUCUUGACAUCACAGAGUCUGCUAGUUUGGACAUGCUGCUGUUGGACAGUGCAGAGAGCAUCAGGAAAGAGGGCAGACAUGUCAAAGUGGUGGUCUCUCUGAAACACCAUGACACCAAGGCCACACAGGAAGACGGAAAGAAGCAGUUCCUCAUUGGCUGUAUCAGGGUCAGUGGACGGACCAAGUGGGACAUUCUGGAUGGGGUAGUCAGGAGAUUGUUCAAGGAGUAUCUCCUCCAUGUGGAUGCUGUUGGCCAGUUAGGUCUGUCCAGUGACAGUGUGCUGGGUUACAGCAUUGCAGACAUCCACCUUCGCCCUGGGUUACAGAUUCCUGAACUACUGCCUUGUGGAUACUUGGUGGGAGACAGUGACACUAUAUCUGUCUAUCUGAAAGAUCCAUCUUUCCUUUGUGCUGACAGCCUGGUAUUUGGGACAUUGGUCCCUCUACCAAUAAUGCAACAGUACAUCUCCCAGCUGCAGAAACAUCGCUCCCUCAUCCUAUCAGGAGCAGGUGGCUUAGGAAAAGGGUUUCUUGCCCUUCAGUUGGCUGAACACAUUGUGCAGAGUGAGAGGCAAGAGGUCAAGCCAGGGGUCAUCACUACCUUCAGUUUUGAUAAAAACAAUAGCCAGGAGCUCCAACAGUUUCUGUGUAAGCUGUGGGACCAGUUUGAGUGCAGAAACAGUUGGCCAGUGGAAACUAAUCUGCCUUUGGUGGUGAUUGUGGAGAACCUCCAUCAUAUCCCAGCAGCACAUGCUCAUCUGUUUAAAAGGCUGUUCAACUCCAGCCAGCAUCACUGUCCUUAUGUCAUUGGUACCACCAGCCAGAAUUCCUUCUCCCUUGACCUGCAUCUACACCAUAGCCACAGCUUGAUGCUGUUGUGCAAUAAAGAAGAGCCUGUGAAGGGUUUCCUGGCUCGUUGUUUAAGACGACAGCUUCUUGAGGCAGAGUUAAGCAGCCGCUGUCAGAAUCCUGAGAUGGCCAAAAUUGUCGACUGGCUCCCAGCGGUCUGGCGGCACCUCAACCACUUCCUAGAACUGCACGGUUCUACAAAUGCAUCAAUAGGACCUGGCCCAUUUCUGUCCUGUCCCAUGGCAGCAGAUGCAUCCAGACUUUGGUUUAUUGAUUUGUGGAACUACUCUCUCAUCCCUUACUGUAUUGAGGCUGGGAAACAGCUACAUGGUAGUAAGGUAGAAUGGAAAGAUCCUGCUGACUGGGUGAUUGACAGUUGGCCAUGGUCUUCAAGUCCCGCCCACCAGGACUUACUCUGCCUCCAACCAGAAGAUUUUGGGUUCAGUGGUCUGUCCAAGAUAUGCUCACAAGCUGGACAAAUGGCUCAAGACAAAGACGCAGUGGUCUCCAUGCUGUAGCUAGAGGCUGAAAGAAGUUUUCCAUUGCAGUGAUAAACAUGGCGCCACAGCAGCAGAACUCUCCCCAUGGUCAAAACAUUUGAUACUUAUGGAAAAUAGGAUAAGAGUUUUGUAUCUUUGUGGAACAGGAUGUAAGAAAUUCAACUUUAUUUAACAUGUGCCAUUUAAAGUCCACAAACCAAAUGGUUGGCAGACAGGGCAUCGAUGGUUACUAAAAAAGAAUGACUUCACAAACGAGCGUUAGAGUCAA